CGAUUAUAAUUGUAUUUAAGAAGUUAGAUAUAAUUCAGAUUUAAAAAGAUAAUAAGGAAACAUCAUGAGAUAUAAGCAUAUCGUUUUUGUCGGCGUAUCACUAAUUACGACGCUCUGCUUGCUUUCUGGACUUAUGUAUUAUUACAAUCAAGACGAAUGUCCUGUUGGUACUUUUUUGUGCUUUAACAGCACUACGUGCAUGCCGCAACGUAGCUGGUGUAAUGGCGUACCGGAUUGUCCACAUAGUGACGAUGAAUCCACGGAAAAUUGCUUUGACAUGCAUGGUAAUUGGGAUUGGUUCAUGAAAGAAAGGGACUGGGGAAACUUGAAGAAUUGCGAUAUAUUUGAUGUUUCAGUUAAAUGCAUCUACAACGCGUGUCGUGUGACUUGUGCAAAUUAUACCGAUGUGCCUAAGAAUUUGUCAUCGAACGUCACAGCGAUUUUCCUAACCGACAACUUGCUCACACAUUUAUCUCGCGAUGCAUUAUCAAGAUAUCCGGAAAUACGCUUGUUAUAUCUUGAUAAUAAUAAUAUAAUUGAACUAGAAAAAGGAACCUUCCUCCAUCAAUCUAAGUUGUUUUGGUUAAUUCUCACAAAUAAUAGCAUCAGCGAAGUUCUACCAGGGCAUCUAACGGGACUGGAUAAAUUAGAAACUCUGCUACUGGAUCAAAAUAAAAUUGUGACGGCGGAUUUUUCUGAUCUGGAAAAUAGCACUACUGCAUACUUGAUAAAUCUGAGUAAGAACAUGUUGACGACUUCCGCUUUGAAGUUACCACGACUGCCGACGUUGACGGAAAUAAUAUUGGACGGAAACCACUUCGAGUCGAUAACGGAAGAUCUAUUCGCCGGAUGCCCCGCUUUGAAAUCACUGAGUAUGGAGGACAAUAGCGUAAGCAGCAUCGGCGAGAACGCCUUUCGGAAUUUGCAACAACUUGUCGAGCUGAACUUGGCGUACAAUAGGAUAGUCACGAUACCGUCAAACGUGUUCCGACCCGUGAAUAAUCUAUCGAAAUUAUUAAUCGGUUACAAUCCUGUUGCCGAGUUACCAAUGACGCUCUUUAAUCCAUUAAGAAAUCUUCGCUCACUAAGUGUCGAGGACAUAAAUAUGGACAAUAUGGAUAAAAACAUGUUUGAUGUAUUUCCAAGACUAGAUUUCGUAUAUUUCAAGAAAUUUCAUUACUGCAUGACUUACGCACCAAAGGUGCAGAAAUGCAGACCAAUUAGCGAUGGUGUGUCAUCGAUGUCUCAUUUAUUGGACAAACCUCUAUUAAGAGCUGCUGUUUGGAGCAUAUCUUGCGUUACUUGUCUCAGUAAUACCCUCGUUUUGUGGGGAAGAUUUACUGCCAAAGAUGAGAAUCGUGUUUUGAGUAUCAUGAUCAGAAAUCUCGCAGUGUCCGACAUAUUGAUGGGAAUAUACCUCUUCAUAAUCGCCAUAGAAGACGCAAGGUUCCGUGAUAACUACAAAGAGGAAGCAAGUACGUGGAUGUCCUCAUGGCCCUGCACGAUCUUAGGAGCGCUGGCGAUGACAUCAUCCGAGGUUUCCGUGCUCAUCCUGUCAUUCAUGUCCGUGGAGCGAUUUAUUUUGAUCGCAGCACCUUUGAAGUGUCAUCGCGCCAUGACAUCUCAAGCUGCAUCCUCAUCGAUGAUCGUCAUCUGGAUUAUCGGACUCAUCCUCGCUCUUGUGCCAAUUAUCCACUGGAGAAGCAGCACAAGAUUCUACGGUGUCAAUGGAAUGUGCUUUCCUCUGCAUAUAGACGAUCCGUAUCUAAUAGGCUGGGAAUACUCGGCAUUUAUCUUUCUGGGACUUAAUCUCGUCGGAUUGGUGAUUAUUGGUUACGUUUACGUUGCCAUGUUCGCCAGCAUCUGGAGAACGCGCCGUGCCACGCCAUUGUCGGUCGGCGAUUCCGAGUUCGCCCUCAGGUUCUUCCUAAUCGUGUUGACAGACGCGGCAUGUUGGGCACCGAUUAUAGCGUUGAAAAUCCUCGCCAUGAUGAAAUAUCCCGUCCCACCCGAUUUACACGCUUGGGUAGUGAUUUUUAUUCUACCGUUGAAUAGUGCGGUCAAUCCGCUGUUGUAUACUUUUACCACGCCGAAAUUUCGCGAAAGGCUCAAUGAGGGUUGGUUUAGAAAAGUGCGCAGCUACAUAUCGAGAAAACAUUCCAGACAAGAUUCACAGGCAUCAGCUAACACCAAUAAAAGCAUGAUUACCGAUAGGAACGUGAUACAGCCGAUCUGGACUGAAUAUGAUGAUGAUGAUGAUGAUGAUGAUAAAAAGAGAACAGCGCCUUUUCUCGAAGAUGAAGAACUUCGAUCCGAGAGGCAGGACUGAAAUUUAGUAAUAUGUUUAUCUAUUAAUUCUAUCUAUCUCACUUCUAUUACUUUUAUAUUAAAUGUUACAUAAAUUACUGAUUACGCCAAUGUUCAUACAUUGCAAAGCUAAUAGAUUCUAGUUACAAAAAAAGUACAAAUUUUUUUAAGAAUAUAUUCAUCAUAUAGACUUAGAUAAUAGAUAAAUAGAUAGUUUAGAACUAGCUUUAUUAAACAGUAAAAUUCUAUGAUCUAAUAAUCACAACAAAUAUAAAAUCCUCA